AUGGCUGCUUGGCUGGUGGAUGAAAUGAAAAAGUACCCUGUUACUCACGAAAAAAGUGUAAAAAACAGCAUAGAUUUGGUGGAGCAACUGAAAGAUUUUGAGGCCAGGCGGGGGGAAGUUCUGGUAUCGUUUGAUGUGACUGCUUUAUUCCCAAACGUACCAGUAUCUGACGCCUUGGAAAGUCUUCGACGACAUCUGGAGCGAAACCGCGUGUUACCUUAUCAGGUCGAAGCUUACCUUUCAGUGGCAGAGUGUUGCAUGAAGCAGAACUUCUUCACGUUUAGAGGGAAGUUCUACAAGCAAACGUUUGGUCUUAGCAUGGGCAACAAGCUUUCGCCUCUACUAGCAGACGUUUUCCUGAGCGAUUUCGAGUUAGCUUUAGGCAAAGAAAAGCUCUUCCCUCGAGUUUGGAGACGCUACGUGGACGACAUUUUCGCAGCCGUGAAAGAACGCUAUCUAACGCAGACCCUUGACCUAUUGAACUCCCGUCACAGUACAAUAAAGUUUACGGUAGAGAAGGAAAUAGAAGGGAAAUUGCCAUUCCUAGACCUGAUGAUAACCAGGAAAGCGGACAACAAACUAAAAUUCGGGAUCUACCGAAAAGCGACAUCCACAGACAGAUACAUAACUUCCGACUCUAACCAUUUCGGCGCUCAAAAACAAGCAGCCUUCCAUUCCAUGGCCCACCGUCUAUUCAAUGUACCGAUGGAAAAUGAAGAAUUCCAGGCCGAGCGGGAAAAAAUAUACAAAGCUGCUGUAUUGAACGG